UCGGGGAUCCUUCAGGAGGUCAUCAUCACACAGACGAACUUUGAGGAUUUGUGGGUCCUGGUCCUGAGAUGGGCUUUGAGUCCGGAGAGGAGCGGGUUCUGCUUCAGCUGUAGUCCGGACUCUGCUGUCAGGAGCGGGGCCCCCUCAGACCCGCACAGACCCGGUCCCGCUGCCCCGGAUCCCGCAGAGAGGAGGUGAUGUUAGCGGUGGGUCAGAUGGAUCCCGGGUCCCGACAGAGCGCCUUCCUCCUCAGCAACCCCCCGUUAGCGGCUCUGCACAGCAUGACGGAGAUGAAGACCCCGCUCUACCCCUCCUACCCCCUCUCCUCCAGCGGCGGCCCCAACUCUUCCACCUCCCCGGCCACCACCUCCCCCAACCCGGGCGGCAUGGCGGUGUCCUCCCCGGGCAUCAAGAGCUCGUCCGGCCUGUCCUCGGGGCUCGGCUCCCCGCAGCAGUGCUCCUCUGCCACCCCGCACGGGAUUAACGACAUCCUCAACCGGCCCACCGCAGCCUCCGCGGCCGCCUCGGUGGCUGUGGCCGCCGCCGCCGCCUCCUCCUCCGCGGGGAUCCUCUCCGGUCUGCCCCGGUUCAGCAGCCUCAGCCCCCCGCCGCCCCCGGGACUCUACUUCAGCCCCGGGGCCGCCGCGGUGGCCGUGGCCCGGUACCCGAAGCCUCUUGCGGACCUGCCGGGCAGGACACCGAUCUUCUGGCCGGGGGUGAUGCAGAGUCCACAUUGGAGGGACGCCCGGUUUGCGUGUUCACCGCGUGAGUGUUUGCGGGUCAGAGGAGAGUGGAGCUGAUGUAGAAGCAGACCGACUCGAACCUGCAGCAUCAGGCCGCAGCAGUUUCAGUGUCUGAAAAUCCUUUAAAUAAAUAAAUCUCUUUUAUUUUUAACUCUGAUGUUCUUCCCGGUUUCAGACCAGAACUCGGUGCUGCUGGAUAAGGACGGGAAACGGAAACACACGCGGCCCACCUUCUCCGGUCAGCAGAUCUUCGCGCUUGAAAAAACCUUCGAACAGACCAAGUACCUGGCGGGACCAGAGCGCGCGCGCCUGGCCUACAGUCUGGGGAUGACAGAGAGUCAGGUGAAGGUAAUCCUGACAGAGAUGAAAUUAUAAUCUAUUCACAUUUAAUCCACGUGAAAUAAAAACGGAGAGAAAAAAAGAGUUUAAAAUCCAAAAAGUGAUUUUUCAUUUACUUUAAUAUUUAUUAUAUACAUUUAUUUUUGUCAGUAAAUUUAUGGAGAAACCUAAAUUUCAAUGAAAUCUCUCAGACCUGAUUUAAUGAACUCUCCGGUUUAAUGGUUUUAAUUUAUGCGUAAAUGUUUUCCAGGUUACCAAAUGUUUCUCCGGCUUCAUUUUGAUUCUUUUGUUCUGUUCACAUUUCUCAUUCUCUGAUUUUAUAUAAAUAAAAAAUAAAAGUGUUUGAGGUUCUUCAGGCUGCAUAGAUUUCAGAGCAGGUUCCUUUUUUAUUAUUUUUAGAUUUACGCAGAUUUCUUGUUUUUUACGCACAAACUCGAGGGUCCAAACUGGAACGUACAGCUCACCAUUCACUCUUAGAAAAACAGAAAAUCCUUUCUUAAUUUAUUUUCAUGUUUUCUGUCGUGUUUAAUUCAGUUAAAUAUCAGUUUUCUCUCUACUGUCUCUUUUUCCACGUAAUUUUGAACAUUUCUCGUUUUUUUUGUUUUGUUUUUACGCACAAACUCUUGUCAACUUCCCAGAGUCCAAACUGGAACCUGCAGCUCAUUAUUCACUCUUACAAAAACAAAACAUCUUUUUUGAAUUUAUUGUCAUGAUUUCUGUCUUGUGUAAUUCCCUUUAAUAUCAGUUUUCUUUUGCUGCAGCUGUACUUUCUCUUUUGCGAUUUUGAACAUUUCUCGUUUUUUUUUGUUUUUACGCACAAACUCUUGGCAUCUUCCCAGAGUCCAAACUGGAACCUGCAGCUCAUUAUUCACUCUAAAAUCAUUUUAUUAAUAUAUUGUCAUAUACUGUUAUGUAUGUAAUUCGUUUAUAUUUCAGUUAUUUUUCUUUGCUCUAGCUCUCAUUUGAUUUUGAACAUUUCUCUUUUUUGUUUUUACGCACAAACUAUCCCAGAACCUCCCAGAGUGAAAAAACCUCAAAACCGUUUCACACCUGACCCGGGUCUUUGUCUUUGUGCAGGUGUGGUUCCAGAACCGGAGGACGAAGUGGCGGAAGAAGCACGCGGCGGAGAUGGCCACGGCUAAGAAGAAGCAGGACUCGGAGACGGAGAGACUGAAGGGGACCUCGGACCUGGAGGACGAGGACGACGACUACAACAAACCUCUGGACCCGAACUCUGACGACGAGAAGAUCACACAGCUGCUGAAGAAACACAAACCGGCCCCGGGUCCAGGUCCGGGUCCGGGUCUGUUGCUGCACGGCUCGGAGAACGACAGCUCCUAAGGACACUUCCGAGGACACUUCCGAGGACACUUAUAGGAGUUUUCUUUUCUGUUUCUGUGCCGGAGCUUCAGGCCGGACUCACGGGGAGGGAGCUCAGUGGACCCUCAGAGGCCCGGACAGAGCCGGACCAGGACGGACCGGAUUGUGGACUUGUAAAUAAAUCCGUGAGUUGUGAGACAGAAACUCUCUGUGAAUAAUUUAAGUGGUUUUUUUUUUUUUUUUUGUUUUUUUUUUUUUUUGUACAGACUCUGCUCCCAGAUCAGCUCCCUCUUUCUUUUCUAUCUGACUCCAUCCUCUCCUGCUUCCUCAGCGGGUCCGUGAAGGCCACACACACCUGAUUAGAGGGGGUCCGUGAAGGCAGCACGCGCACCUGUCCAGACAGCUGUGUUUUAAUCUCUCUGUUUCUCUGCAGCAGCUGUGUACCUGCAGGUGAAUGUAAUGCACUUUUUUAAAAUAAAAAUCAGAUGGUGGACUUUAUUUGACGGCACUAAUGUUAAUUCAUCAAUUAAUGAUGCGUCAUUAAUUUAUGACGCAGCUCAUUAAUCAAUUAAAGACGGACCAUUUAUCAGCCCCAUUAAUAUUCACCAAUUAACCUGCCGCUCAGAUCCAUAGCACUUGAUCGGAUAAUUUUCAGUUUGAUUUUAAUUUUGUGUUUUUUUUUUUAAUCUAAACUGUUUGAUCUUUAAAGAUAAAUGUAAACUCUAAAAUCUGCUUAACUUAUUUAAUUAAAUGUCAGCUCUGAAGUUUAAAUGUGAGGCUGUAUUUUAAUUUAAUUUGAUUACAUUUUAUUUUUCUCUCAGACUGAAGGACAAACGCUUUAAAAUCAAACAUGAUCCGGAUUAUCCCGAACGAAGACAUCCGAUAAAGACCGAACAAAAACGAAUCAAAGUCCGGAUUUCCCUCUAGAAUUAUGAUCAUUUUUAUUUUUAUUUUUUGUGGUGGCUCUGGGUGGACUGUCGUCGGGCUGAGGGGGCUGCAGACAGCUGUGUGUCCGCCCUGUGAGCGCCUCUGCUCGGUGUCCUCCUCUCGGUGUGAGCGCUGAUCACCGGCGGAGAAAGACGAAGAAAAACGACUCGUGACGAGGCUCGUUUAAUAACCUGUGACCUCAAACUAGUUCAUCUAAAGUUAUUCUUAUUUAUUCUGUUAUAUACUUUUCUCUUUUUUUUAGUCUUUAAUGAGAAACCUGCAGAAAAACAAACAAACAUUUAAACAGAAGAUUCACUUUAACAGGCUGAAACACCAAAUAUAUCUCUGAAAAAUCAACAUGUAAAUACCAGAACACUCAUAAACAUGUUAACCAGUAUCAUGUCACAGGGACUAAUGGUUUUGGCUGAUUUGCAGUCUGAAUAUUUGGC